AUGGCUUUUGUACUAGCCGGAGAGGUGCAGUGGCAUGAAGGAGAGAAGAAGAUGCAUGAACUGAUGCACGUUCCGUACGAGGAGAACCCAACAGCAGCUUUCUUGAGCCCUGGAGCAGCUGCACUAGUCCAAAAAUGCCCUCUGCUUGCAGUGGGGACACUGGAUAAACAAGGCCGUCCAUGGAGUACAGUAUGGGGUGGCCAGGCUGGAUUCGUUGGUCCAGUUGCUCAAUCCAUCAUCGGAAUAAGAAAUGUUAUCGACGGAACCCAUGAUCCUGUCGCAGAAACACUACUUGGCGGCGAAUUGGCUGGCACCAUUGUCAAGGAACCCCCGCCAGGAAGAUUGAUGUCCGCAUUGCCUAUUGACAUGGAGAAUAGGAGACGUGUUAAGUUGAUGGGACGGAUGGUGGCAGGCUCUAUGGAAGAAGAAUCCCAAGAAGGCCCUGGAAACAGUAGCAUAAACGAUACCACCCUAGGGAAGUCUGCCCAAGUACAGUUAGUUAUGAAAGUUGAAGGAAGCUUAGGUGAGAUAACUAUUUCAUCUCUAGCCCCAUAUAUCCCAUGCCCGAAAUCUACUGACCUUCGCCUAGGAAAUUGUCCCAAAUAUAUUAAUAAGAAACGUAUCACACAAGCACUACCACAUCCCAAACUAAUAUCAAAUUCGCCUCAUCUCCCCCAGGAGGCUCUUGAUCUUCUUGGUCGAAUAGAUACCCUUUUUGUAGCCAGUUCCCAUGGAAAUGACUCUAUGGACUCCAAUAUCCGUGGAGGCCCACCAGGCUUUGUUCGGGUGCUCUCCAAUGAUAGCACGGGCGCCGUCAUAGUAUACCCAGAAUAUUCAGGGAAUCGUUUAUACCAGACUCUAGGCAACCUCCAAACAACACCCCUUGCAGGUUAUGCGUUUCCGGAUUUUGAAUUAGGACACAUUCUAUAUAUCACGGGAAAAACGGAGGUUCUGGUAGGAAAAGAUGCAGCGAAGAUACUUCCCAGAUCAAACCUUGCCGUCAGAGUUAGUGUCACUGCUGCCAGAUACGUAGAAAAUGGCCUUUCAUUUCGUGGGGAGGCAAUGCAGCGGUCCCCUUAUAAUCCAGAAGUGCGGUAUCUAGCUUCUGAGAAGCCAGCUCCCGGCAGCCAACUCCCCGAUAAUGAGGAGAUGCGAGUCAUCUUGGUUAAAAAGGAUGUGAUCACCCCUACAAUUAAUCGAUUCAAAUUCAAGGCAUCUGACCCGUCCGCUGUUCUCAAAUGGAUACCAGGGCAGUAUGCUACUGUUUCGUUCCGAGACGAACUAGACAUGGGAUACAGCCACAUGAGAGAUGACGACCCCACAAGUAUCAAUGAUGACUAUAUUCGCACUUUCACAGUGUCAUCACAUCCUGGGCGCAAUCUUGCCAAAAACGAAUUUGAGAUCACCGUCAGGAGAAAGGGAAGUGCCACUAGCCACCUAUUCAGAGCCAGCGAAAGAAGUGGGUUGGAGCUAUCGCUUCGUGGGUUUGAUGGGAGUUUUCGAUUCGAGUGCUCUGGAUCAAACCGGAGCGUUGAUCAUGAAAGUUGCCCUCUUCCCUUCAUUGCCGGUGGGAUAGGAAUCACACCCCUCCUAGCGCAGCUCCCGGAUAUUGAUAUGUCCCGACUAAAGCUUUUAUGGUCGGUGUCAAUGAAAGAUGUUGGACUUGUACAUGACGUUUUUGAACAAUACUCUAACCUUCCAAACGCCACUACCGUGUUUCUUACUUCCGGCUCCCCCGCUAUUGAAAAUGAUAUGAAUGAAGAUGAUAAGAAGACGCUUAUCUCGGUGACCUCUUCAGGGGCGAAAAUAGAGCGACGCCGCUUGAUAAAGGAAGAUCUUUCUGCUGUGCCUGAUGCAGGCGUCUGGUAUAUCUGUGCUGGCACCGAGCUAAAGACGGCUGCUACUAACUGGCUAACAGGGAAGAAGCUUAUCUAUGAGGACUUCAACUAUUAA